AGACAGAUAGUCUGCAUAUUUGGAGAUGAGUGACUAACUUAACCAAGGUGCCAACUCGUUUGGGUACUGAAUGUUCAUUUAUACAAAAUAAUCUAUUUUAGCUGAUUUAACGUAAAAUUCUACAAAAAAAACAUCCAGUAUAGUACUAAAAUGUGCUUAAGUAUCAAAAAUGACGUACUUUUAAUUUCCAACAACAGCAAAACUUAGUAAAAAUUUCAUAAAUCAUCAUUUGAUGCAGUUGUGUGAGCCAGAGCAGUCAGCUGUUUUCCUACAGGCUGUGUUUGAUAAAUCCCGGAGCAUUGAGAGCUUCUCACUCAGCAGAACAGCAGAUGAACGCAGCGCUGCCGCAAUCAGACAAAUCCCCCGCAUACACAUAACGCGCGCGUCUGCUGACUAUAGGCUCAACAUAUAUUUGUUUUAUACACCAGCUGGCCUUGCAGCAUUCGCGGAUGGUCUGGAAAUACUCGAACACUUGAUUUUGAAGCGAUUAAGUUAAAAGUGGAUUCGUCAUCAUUUCAAAAAGCGUUUGGUCUUUCGCACGAUGGUUCUGCUGCAUCGCCGCCGGAGGAAAGAGGCGCUGGUUUGGCUUUUGCCCGGUCUGCUUGGAGUCUGCAUGGCAUUUGGCCCAAGCAAAGCUGAGGAGGAAGAUUAUGAGGAUGUCCCCAUAAAUAAAACUUGGGUUUUAUCACCAAAGGUCUACGAGAGCGACGUCACCCUUAUCCUAAAUAAACUACUGCAGGGUUAUGACAACAAACUAAGACCAGAUAUCGGAGUGAAACCUACUGUGAUUGAGACGGCAGUGUAUGUGAACAGCAUUGGUCCGGUAGAUCCCAUCAAUAUGGAGUACACCAUAGACAUCUUCUUUGCUCAGACGUGGUACGACAGCAGACUCAAAUUCAACAGCUCAAUGAAACUCCUCAUGCUCAACAGCAACAUGGUUGGAAAAAUCUGGAUCCCCGACACGUUUUUCCGCAACUCGCGUAAAUCGGACGCCCACUGGAUCACGACACCCAAUCGUCUUCUGCGCCUCUGGAGCAAUGGGAGGGUGAUGUACACUCUUAGGUUGACUAUUAAUGCGGAAUGCUACCUUAAGCUGCAUAACUUUCCCAUGGACGAACAUUCGUGCCCACUGGAGUUUUCAAGCUAUGGGUAUCCAAGGAAUGAGAUCCAGUAUAGAUGGCAGCGUCGUUCGGUUGAGGUUGCAGACCAGCGGUAUUGGAGGCUUUACCAAUUUGCCUUUGUGGGCCUCCGAAACACUUCUGACGUGGCACACACUCAGUCUGGAGAUUAUGUGGUUAUGACCAUUUUCUUUGACCUGAGCCGGAGAAUGGGCUACUUCACCAUUCAGACCUACAUCCCCUGCAGUAUGAUUGUAGUUUUGUCCUGGGUCUCUUUCUGGAUUAAUAAGGAUGCCGUACCAGCCAGAACAUCAUUGGGUAUCACAACUGUGCUUACCAUGACAACCCUUAGCACCAUAUCUAGAAAGUCCCUGCCUAAGGUCUCAUAUGUGACGGCCAUGGAUCUGUUUGUGUCAGUUUGCUUCAUCUUUACCUUCGCUGCUCUUAUGGAGUAUGGAACCCUGCAUUACUUCACAAGCAAUCGGCAGAACAAGAAGACCAAAUCCAGCCAUGCACAGAAACCCAGCAUGGUCAACAUCAGACCAGGGACAUCCCUACUGCAGAUAAACAAUAUUGCUCUCUACCAUGAGGACGACGAUUAUGCAUAUGAAUGUUUGGAUGGGAAAGACUGCACUACUUUCUUCUGCUGUUUCGACGAUUGUCGUACAGGAGCCUGGCGUGAGAACAGAAUGCACGUCCAUGUCUCCAAAAUCGACUCUUAUUCUCGAAUAUUCUUCCCAACCGCUUUUGGCCUCUUCAAUCUCGUCUAUUGGAUUGGGUAUCUGUAUCUUUAAAGAUGUUGGGCAAGUGGGACAGGGGGACUGUAGCUCAAAAAUGUGCAAAUCAUUUGUAAAUUCUCCAUCUGGCAACAUACGUCAUUGAGACGGGGGUGUGUGAGUCUUGAGCUGGAUGUCUUAAUUCUUGAUGUGUCUUUAAUUGUGGAUGGGAUCAGGUUUACUGUAGAAUUAUGAUUACCGUCUGAAUAUUACCAGCAAAUUAAUUGUGUGAAUUCAAUAAUGUGAGCCAUAUAACGAAAUCAACAUACUGUAUACAGUAGUCCAUUAACUA